UUUUCAUCUAAUUUUUUUGAGUUUUUAAUUGAAAAAAGCUCGCUGGGAUAUAUAUAGGGUUCUAUGUAGUUCUCUCCUCCUGAUAAAGUGAAGCUACGGCUGUAGUUCGCUUUGUCUCGAGGGCUUCGUCGGAGAUUAUUCGCCAAAAUCGGAAAUAAUUAUCGAAGUCCAUACAGAUUCCAAAAGUUGGAGUUGAGUUGAAAAGAAGAAAGGCGAAGACUUUUCACGGAUCCGAUUUUUUUCUUUAGAAAAAUAUUGCGAAAUUUUCGAUUGUGGGAAACGAAAGAAAAUCAGAUCACAUCCUUUUUAUUAAAAAAAAAAAAGGCUUUUGAGACUCUGAUUCCAGUUUAUUGAAUCGGUCUCUGUUUGGCAAUAAUUGCAGUUCCCCUGUUUUACUUUCACCUUUAUUGAAUUCGGAAUCCAACACACACAGAUGGUAGUAAAAGUAGCCGCGGCCGGUUUCCAAUGGUCGCAGCCGAUUCUUCCUCACUCUCCAUCGUCUUCCCAAACUUUAGCUUCCGCAAUCUCAUCCCCUUCUUCCUCGAAGCGCCGGUGCCGCGGCGAAGGCGGACCCCUCGUGUGCCGCCACGUUCAGCGACUGCACCGCUCUGCUUUGCUUGGAACGCCGUCCACGAGGCUUCACAGGUCUUGGUCCUGCGAAUUACCGAAGACAAAGCUUAAAACCAUUAGUAGAGCCACCAGUGCGAGCUUGGACGCCUUCUCGGAUGACGAAUUUUCGAAGAAGAUUCAGGAAUUGGCUCUCAGAUUCCAACUCUCCGACGACAGCGACGAAGAUUCGGAAUCCAGAGAUAGUAGCAGCAAUACCGCCGUUAAUAGUACUUCGGAAAGUUCUCGCAGUUUCAUUGAAGAACCUUCGAGAAUAAACACCAGCGUCAACUCUGUAGAGGAUCGGAAUCUAUUCGCGCAGCCUCCGGAUUGGCCGGCGGAGGCGGAGGGCGAGAUAAUUCCGGUGAGCAUCGAACGGAAGGCGAACAGCGUCGAUUUGCCGCUCUCGCUCCGAAUUAUAAAGAGGAAGAUACAAUGGCAGGACAGCUUCAGGGAAGCAGGGGAAUCGGCUUAUUGCUCGGUGAAGGCGGCGUUCUCGUCGAUGGUGUUUAUAAUCCGUGAGCUUCAUAGUUACACUUUACAGAUGAGAGAACUCCUCUUCUUCGAAGAUCUGCAGGGGAUUCUCAGCCGAGUCCAGAAGGAAAUGCACGCUUCCUUCGUUUGGCUCUUCCAACAAGUGUUCUCUCACACGCCGACUUUGAUGGUCUACGUGAUGAUCCUCCUCGCCAAUUUCACCGUCUACUCGAUGGGACACAACGCCAUCGCGGCCCCGUCGCCGCCCGCUGUGGAUACCGCUUCGGUGCUUGAAGUUCAGGAUCACAAUAACCAGAAAUUCGAUUCCUCGGCGAUCAAGACUUUUUCGGUGUCGUUUUCUGGCUGGAAGACGACGUCGAUCGGAGGAAACAAUGGAGGCGGAGGAAAAGUCCCGCCGGUGGCGAGCGGGACCGAUGGCGACGGAGGGUUUAACCAGUCGGACCAGUACCGGGCGGUUCUGCCUGAUGGGGCUUCGCAGUUGCCAUCGGCGGGGUCGCCGGUGUCGGAGGCCAGGGAAGAAGAGGUGGCAUUGUGGAAUUCGAUUGUGAAUGAGGCUUCGGAAAUGCAGGCUUUGUUAAGAGACGAAGCUCUGGAUCGGGAGACGAUUCAGAAGUUCGUUUCGCCGGUGAAUGCGAAGAUUGAAUCAGAUGAUUACGAAGAAUAUUUCAGAACGGAUCUUCUCUACCAAACGAGCUUGUCUCAAGAUCCCAAUAACUCUCUCCUCCUCGCGAACUAUGCUCAGUUCCUUCACCUCGUUGCCCACGAUUACGACAGAGCGGAUGAUUACUUUAAGAGAGCAACGGCGGUGGAGCCAGCGGAUGCAGAGGCGUAUAAUAAAUACGCGACGUUUCUUUGGAGGAUUCGAAACGACUUGUGGGCUGCCGAGGAGACCUUCUUGGAAGCCAUUUCCGCCGACCCGGGAAACUCCCACUACGCCGCUAACUACGCUCACUUCCUCUGGAACACCGGUGGCGAGGACACGUGUUUCCCUCUCAGCUCCCCUGAAGCUGACAUCACCCAAGAAUCUUGAAAACAAAAAAAAAAUGAUUUUUUAUAAAAAAAAUACCCCACCAAAAAAAAAAAACUCAA